AUUGAGAGGGGAAGUCCUUGCUUAUGUUAUUUCUUUUCGCCUUUUUUUGCACCCUCCCAUAUAUUUAACUCCUGUACGAUGAUAUUAAAUCAAAUUCAAGGACAGCUGCUGUAUUUCCAAGGGUUUAGUGUCGAAUGAUACAUCGAGACACCCCCUCUUUUUCUCCGUCGAUGGUAAAGUCCGAACGUCCAGCUGAUUGCUUUGAGUACCGUUCAAUUAUUCCAGUUCAAACUGAGCCGUUUUGUUUGACUUAUCGAGGGUGUUUUUUAACCGAAUAUUGCCGAGUUCGCUUCCUUUUUUCAUCGACUUGUGGACUUUAAAGGAAACGGGGGAUUAUUUUUUUAUUUUAAACUUGAAUGUUGGAUCGUUUUUCCUCAUUGAACGACCAGGCCUCGGACUCAUCCCCUGCCUUGCGUUUCCAUAUCGGUUUUUGUUGGAAGUCAUGGGAGACACUAGUGAACGAAGCAAACCUCCGAGUCUACCUCCGCGCUGUCCCUGCGGAUUUUGGGGGUCCAGUAAAACUAUGAAUCUGUGCUCCAAAUGUUUUGCUGACAUCCAGAAGAAGCAGCCAGGAGAGGACUGCACCUCAAAGCCCAUCCAAAGCAGCGGGAGUAGCCAAUCGCCAGUUUUCAGUAGCGACACAAGCAGUAGCAGUAGCCAAUCCCCUUUGUCGUCGCCGCCCUCCACCUCCGAGCAACCGUCAGCAGAAGAGCCAUCACCCACAUUUCCCAGCACAAGGGAAGGCGUGUCGUCCACAGAAACAGCCCAAGGCACACUCUGCACACCCACAAAACGUCCACGAGAAUCAGCGUCGGCUUCAGAGAGCGAGGCCACACCGGAGAAACGGCCGCGGCCAGACGAGAAGGAGGGGAGCAGCGAGGAGGCCCGUGGGACGCCCAAGCAGAAGAACCGCCGGCGCUGCUAUCGCUGCCAAACCAAACUAGAGCUGGUGCAGCAGGAACUGGGCUCCUGUCGCUGUGGCUACGUGUUCUGCAUGCUCCACCGUCUCCCCGAGCAGCACGACUGUCUGUUCGACCAUCUGGGCCGCGGGCGCGAGGAGGCCGUCCUCAAAAUGGUGAAGCUGGACCGCAAGGUGGGCCGCUCAUGCCAACGCAUCGGGGAGGAGUGCUCCUGAUCGGCCACGCCAUGUUGUGACCCGCCAUCCGUUUAGAGAUAAGGCGCUUACAAAGAGGAGGGAGAGGAGGAAUGACAAGUGGGGUUGAUGGGUGGGG